GAGUCUCGCCUGUCAGUCACAGGAGGAAGCUCAGAAGGAACAACGGCGGGGGGGAGCUUUCAACUCAUCAGUGCAACAAACCACCCGCGUUCCGGUGCGAAGCGGAGCAAAAACGAGAAGCGUUCAACACCGUCAGAAAAUAAUUGCAGAAGUGUGAAGACUGGCUUGCGAACUCACAGUGAAUGGACAGAUCCAACCCCGGUGUCUAAACUGAUCUCAACUUCGCCAGUCUAGAGGGGGAAAGAACUAGCAGAGCUCUGAAUGGUCCCAUGGUUCAGCUUCACAUUCCCGAAUGACUGGAUUGGGACAUUUCACUGCAACAUUGACCAGCGGACGGCAGUUUUAGAGUAAGGGACCAGCAGAGUUUGCAGGCUUCUGACAGAGUUCCCCGGAGCAGCUGCGUAACUGAACAGAGCUCCAGCGCUUCACCAAGGUAAAGGCAGGAAGCAGAACGCUGCUCCAAAGGGCCACCCACGUACCAAGGUGAUGGUCUGGCUAGCCGGUCGGCGUUGGCAGGUUCCCAUGUCCCUGAUUGUGCUGCUCUCUCUACACACCAGAGGUAACUGUCUUGACAACAUGCUUCUACGGAGUACAGGGAAGCUGAAUGUGGAACACAAGGGGGAACAUGGCGACAGCACAGUAUCGACACCUCCUCAGAGGGAUCUGUGGUGCCAUUGUCACCACCAUUGUCCCGAAGAGUCUGUGAACAACACCUGCAAAACGGAUGGUUACUGUUUCACCAUCAUGGAGGAAGGUGACUCAGGAGGCCACAUCAUCACCUCCGGGUGCCUGGGCAAAGAAGGUUCAGACUUCCAGUGUCGGGAUACGCCCAAGUCAUCUCAACGCCGAGCCAUCGAAUGUUGCACCGACCGAGAUUUCUGCAAUCGAGAUCUCCACCCCACGCUUCCACCGCAAGACAUGAGAGACUUUGUCGAUGGAAGCACCCAUCAUAUGGCCCUGCUGAUCUCUGUCACAGUUUGCAGCAUCGUUCUUGCACUGCUCAUCAUUUUCUGCUACUUCAGGUACAAGAGGCAAGAGGAAAGGCCGCGGUACAACAUGGGCAUCGAGCAGGAUGAGACCUUCAUUCCAGCAGGUGAAUCCCUCAAGGAUCUGAUCGAGCAGUCGCAAAGUUCAGGCAGUGGUUCCGGCCUCCCUCUACUGGUUCAAAGGACGAUAGCUAAACAGAUUCAGAUGGUGAAGCAGAUUGGAAAAGGCCGUUAUGGUGAAGUCUGGAUGGGGAGGUGGCGAGGGGAGAAAGUUGCCGUGAAAGUCUUCUUCACUAUGGAAGAGGCAAGCUGGUUCAGGGAGACGGAGAUAUAUCAGACUGUGCUCAUGAGGCACGAGAACAUCCUAGGUUUUAUUGCUGCUGAUAUCAAGGGAACAGGGUCAUGGACACAGCUGUACCUGAUCACAGAUUACCACGAGAACGGCUCUCUCUAUGACUAUUUAAAGUCCACUACCCUUGACACGAAAGCCAUGCUGAAGUUGGCAUACUCUACUGUCAGUGGACUGUGCCACCUGCACACAGAGAUCUUUGGCACUCAGGGAAAGCCAGCCAUUGCUCAUCGGGAUUUGAAAAGCAAAAACAUCCUGGUGAAGAAAAACGGAAUGUGCUGUAUCGCAGACCUGGGCUUGGCCGUUAAGUUUAUCAGUGACACUAAUGAGGUAGACAUACCCCUCAACACCAGGGUCGGCACCAAGCGAUACAUGGCUCCAGAGGUGCUGGACGAAAGUCUUAACCGCAAUCAUUUCCAAUCCUACAUCAUGGCAGACAUGUACAGUUUUGGACUGAUCCUGUGGGAGAUAGCGCGACGUUGCGUGUCUGUAGGCAUUGUUGAAGAAUAUCAACUACCGUAUCAUGACUUGGUGCCCAGUGAUCCAUCCUUCGAAGACAUGAGAGAAGUUGUGUGCAUCAAGAGGCUGAGACCAUCGUUCCCCAAUAGAUGGACUAGUGACGAGUGUUUGAGACAAAUGGGGAAAGUUAUGACUGAAUGCUGGGCCCACAACCCAGCCUCCCGGCUAACGGCCCUACGAGUGAAGAAGACCUUGGCCAAAAUGUCCGAGUCCCAAGACAUAAAGCUCUGAUGUCUCCCCAGAACUCCGCUCAGUUCUAGAGGACCCUCGUGCAGCAUCUGACCCGCGUCAGCUGGGGGAGGUGCGAGUUCUCGACCCUUUCCAAACUACCUUCCUUCUGGUUGUCUCGAUCGCGCCACUGUUGAGUGCACAAGGGAGGACUGCACUGUCCACUAUUACCGGGAACGGUUGCAGGAGCAUCCACGGGGGUUUUGUUUAUGCUUGCAUCUAGUGUAAGAAGUAUUCAAAGAUCAAUGCAAUAGAGGUUGCAUGCUUUGCUUUCUGUGAAAGCUGCUCAUGUCAUUUUUUUUUAAAGUAUUAAGCCUUGCAAGACUCAGAUGGCAACUUGAGUCUGUUCUGGAUUGUGCAUAAGCUGAGUGGAUUGCUCACCCUUGUUAACUCCAAGCACAUCCACACAAAGACACUUCUCUGUUUAACUUACUCAGAGCUUUUGAGAACUGAGGGUCAGACGCUGGAAAACCUACCUGCGCCAAGAUCUGCUACCUUAACCCAAGUUGGUUGGAUGACAGAGAAUCUGCUCAGGAGCUCCAGUGGACCCUGCUGCUGUCAGCUUCGAACUGAAGUGUUUUGUUUUCAUCUGGUCAUGGGAUUUAGCUGCUGCAGGCAAUGACAGAGCUUAUUGCCCCUCCCCAGUUGGUCUUGAGGAGGUGGUGGAGAGUCGUCUCCCUGAGCCGCUGCAGUCCGUGUGCUGAAGGUGCUUCCACAGUGCUGUUGGACAGGGAGUUCCAGGAUUUGGACCCAGCGACUGUGAAGGAGUUGCAAAGUUUUCCCAGGUCACAAACGCGGAGCGGCUUGGAGAGGAAUCUGAGGGGGUUGGUGUUCCCAUGUGCCUGCUGCUCUUGUCCUUUUUGGUAAUGGAGCUCGUGGUUUUGGGAGGUGCUGUCGGAGUAGCCAAGGCUUGCAACUACAGUGCAUUUUGAUCAACACACACUGUCGCCACAGUGCACCGGUGAUGUAGGGAAUGAAUGUUUUGGAUGAAGGGUUGGGUACCAGCCAAGUGGCGCUGAGCUUUUAGCUUUUUAUAACUAACAAGCAGUUGGAGAUGGACACCUUUGAUAGGAGCUGAAGACAAUGGAUGCUACAAGAAAGGUACAGCUUGGAAGAAACCCACAGAGAUUUACAUUGCUGGGCUGCUCUUCAUUAACUUACUCCGCAGCAGCUCGAAACCAUCUUUUAUGACGUGACUAGUUAGACUCGAAAGGAAAUGGUUGAUUGACGUUGCAUCAUUACAGACAGUAUGCGCCUUUCUUUCUCAUAGGUCACUCAGAUGUUUGACAGGGUUGGAUUAGUUGAUAAUACAGCUCAAGUAUUCUCUUGAUUCUCAUAAUCAAUCAUUGUAUAAGAGCUGCCCCCCACACUCAGUAACCUUACCCACACCAUUGUCCCACACUAAACUAACAUAUCUAUCGCCUUUGCUUUUCGUAAGCUUUCAGCUCUCAGCACCAUCAGUGAAGAAGUGUAUGGUGAAGUUGCCUAUAAUUAUUGUAGGACCAUUGGAAGAGAGAUAAAGUUAUUCCAAAGUUACAUCAACUCUGUCUGCGUCCAUUGAUACCCUCACCUGGGGCAGAACUGCCCAACUGUGACUCAGCGGGUACAGUUCUGUGGGACAAGUUUGUGUGUUGCAGUCUCCCCUCAAGGCAACUUUAGCCCAAUACUCCAAUGUAACACUUUCAGAGUGCAGGACACGGGAGAUGUUAUCUUUUCCAUGAGUCAGUAAAUGAAGGCCCAUCUCUUUCUGAGGUGGGUGUAAACGAUCACACAGUGUUCCACUGAAGAAGAGCAGGGGCAUUACUCAUGUUAACUGUUACUGAACCACAUUAAAGUCAGACCAGUCUUUCGAUUGAAGGUGCUCCCACAGUGCUGUUGAGCAGGGAGUUCCAGGAUCUACACCCAACAAUAGAAUGGCAAUACAUUUCCAAGGCAGGAGGGUGUGUGAGUAGGGAUCAGUGGGGUGGGGGAGAGAGAGUUGGUAGCAUUCAUUGCUUCUCCGGGUCAAGGGUUAAGAACAUAGAACAGUACAGCACAGGACCAGUCCCUUCGACCCACCAUAUAUGUGCUGACCAUGAUGCCAAUUUAAACUAAUCCCAUCUGCCUGUACGUGGUCUAUAUUCCCCGCAUUCCCUGCUUACUCAUGUGUCUAUGCCUCUUGAAUGCUGCAAUUGUAUCUGCUUCCCUGGCAGUGCGUUGCAGGCAUCUACCACUGUGUAAAAAACUUGCCUCACAAAUCUCCUUUAAACUUACCCCCCUCACCUUAAAGCUAUGCCCUCUAGUUAUUGGGCAUUUCUACCCUACCUAUGUUUCUCAUAAUUUUAUAAACUUCUAUCAGAAACAGAAGUAAAUUCUGUCCCUCGCUCUCAUUCCACUUGGGUCACCGCAUCCAAAUCAUUGAUACAGAUUGUGAACGGCUGAGGUCCCAGCACCCAUCCCAUGGCACCCACCAGUUGCAGUGAAAAGAUACAGUUGAGACCCCACCUUAACAUCAGUUCCAACGUGAGUCAGGGUGGUAUCACUGAAGGGAACGUGCAUCCGAAAGGUGCAACAUAAUUUUAGCAUCCAAUCAACGACAUAGCUUUGCACCAUGCAACUGUGGUCCGUGAUUGAUCAAAGCUUCUGCACCUUUUAUUGUUGCUGCUCAGCUUAGUUACAAAUGCUUUGAAGUUGGAAUUGUGUCUUUGACCAAUAAGAGAUGCAUCUGUCACUAAAAUAGGGAGAGAGAGGAAAAUAACCCAGUCUGGACAAUGAUGGCCUGGAUACGGUGCCUAAUGGUGUGGUGACGCCACUUAUCUCUCACCUUGAAGAAAGCCCUGCUGAAAGAUCUAAUGAUCCUCACCAUAUCACUUUCUGUCAAGUCUCAGUUUGGUGAGAUUCCUGGCACCCAGUGUUGUCAUCAUGCUGGCCGGGCAGCCAAUCACAUUGAUGAAUCCUCUGACAAAAAAGCACUGAUUGUAAAUGACCAUUUUUAAAACCUUACUAAAUAAAAAGCACAAAAUACAGAGCAGAAUUUACACAGGAGUUCGGUACAAACAGAAAUAUCAUGAGCAGACUCUUUGAAUUUUUUUUCUUAUUUUAAGGUCCAUUGUAUUUUGAUAGAUUUAUCUGAGGGAAUUAUAAUCUACACAUAUAAGUUAGGGUCAGACAGGUUAUUAAACAUCAAUUAUGGCUCAGUAUGCUACUGAAAUUUCACUCUUAAUAAAUGCAUCCAGAUUACCUUACAAGGACAAUAGUUCAUAAAUAACUGAAGAUCACAUUGCUGUGAGAAACAGUGCUUCCUCCAGAGAAGCCGGAAUGGACCUGACAUCAGCUUCUGGGUUUUCUUGUUCAGAUGUGCAUGUGUGCAUUCGGUGUAACGACAGCAAACUCCAAGCCAUUGAAUUCUCGUGCAAACCCGAAUGUUAAAACAAGGACCAUGAACCAGAGCUUGUGUUGGACAAUCAGAAGCACAGCUGGAAAGAAGAUUAGGUGCAACAUGCAGUAAUUCAAGGUUGUGAAUUAUUUUAUUUUUAAAAAUGUAUAAACCCUUUAAGAGCACAUUGGUGUCUGAGUAGAUUGUGCUCCCAUCUUCAAGGAAUACAAAUUCUGGAUUUAAUUUUAUCUCUCCUUUAUCCUCAUCCUUUUUAUUUAAAACUGCAGUGUUUAGGUCUGUCAGAUUGGAGUUAAAGGGAAUUGUUCUGUGCCGUGUUGAGUCUGUCUUAGCGUUUGGCAGCGAGCAAUUUCAGUUGUGUGUACCUUGUCAGUCUCUCUCAUCCCACACUCCGCUCUCCCACCUUCCCCCUGCCCCCCAAAACCCUGCCCCUUCUCAGUCCUGCCAGGUCUUAGACAGGAUUGAAGAAACGCUGUUUGCUGCUUUGUGAGCCAAAGUGAACUUGGAAAAAUGAUGGCAUGAGGGAUCUAAGUUCCCCUCAGCACCGAGAGUGUGGUUGGCUCCAAUCUCUACAUCAGGAAAGCUGAAACUGACAACAAUGUUGGAACACCAGAACCUUGCAGAGAACAUUGUAUUUUGUUAAGCUACUAAUGAAACUCUCUCGAUUGUAUAACUGGAAGCAAACCAUUGUUUUUUUUUACAUCUGUACAGAUGAAAUAUGAUAAACAGAAGGCGACAGCUCACUGGGAAACAGUGCCUUAUUUAAACUGUACAUAGUUGUAAAUCAGAGGGAUUAGAAGACAGAAUAUUAGUUGUAUAUGCUAUAAAUAUGUAUUGUGUUUACCAUUUCCCUAAUAAACAAAUUCAGACAGCCACACUUCC